AGUUGCUCACAUGACGCCUUUAUAGCGAGGAGGAAGAAUUCAGACGCUCUUUAAACUCAUACACGCACACAUAAUUGACAAUUGACAUGAUGCCUUUUCAGGCAGCAGGAGAACAAGGACCGGCUGGAGAUCAGGUAGUCACUGAGAAAUCCUCAUCUGAAGAUGAAGAAUAGAAGAAUUUAUCCUUCCUGUGUUGGAUUUAAACAUUUUUUUGUCAUCGUUUGAUUAACGCAUCAUGCACGGACCUGAACUGCACUGCUGAUGUCCCUGGAUAACAAGAACCAGAAGAAGAAUCAUGGUCAUCUUGCAGCAGGGCGACUACGUGUGGUUGGACCUGAAGAGCGGUAGAGAGUUUGAAGUUCCGAUCGGCGCAGUGGUCAAACUUUGUGACUCGGGACAGAUCCAGGUGGUGGAUGAUGAAGGAAAUGAGCACUGGAUCUCCCCUCAGAACGCCACUAACAUCAAGCCCAUGCAUCCCACCUCCAUCCAUGGCGUGGAGGACAUGAUCCGCCUGGGAGACCUGAACGAGGCCGGAAUCCUACGCAAUUUGCUCAUCAGAUACAGCGAGAAGCUAAUUUAUACAUACACAGGAUCGAUCCUGGUAGCAAUCAACCCAUAUCAGCUGCUUCCUAUCUAUACGCCAGACCAGAUCCGCCUGUAUACCAACAAGAAAAUUGGCGAGAUGCCUCCUCACAUCUUUGCCAUUGCAGACAACUGUUACUUCAACAUGCAGAGAAACAAUCGCGACCAGUGUUGCAUCAUCAGUGGAGAGUCUGGAGCGGGAAAGACCGAAAGCACCAAACUGAUCUUGCAGUUCCUGGCAGCGAUCAGCGGUCAACACUCAUGGAUUGAGCAGCAGGUUCUGGAGGCCAACCCCAUUCUGGAAGCCUUUGGAAAUGCAAAGACCAUCCGCAACGACAACUCGUCCCGCUUCGGCAAAUACAUCGACAUCCACUUCAACAAGAGAGGAGCCAUCGAGGGGGCUAAGAUUGAACAAUACCUGCUGGAGAAGUCGCGAGUCUGUCGACAGGCUCAGGAUGAGAGGAACUACCACAUUUUUUACUGUAUGUUAAAGGGCAUGACGGCAGAAGACAAGAAGAAGCUGGGCCUCAGCAAGGCAACAGACUACACAUACCUCACCAUCGGAAAGUGUACCGUUUGUGACGGGCGUGACGACAUGAAGGAAUACUCCAACAUACGCUCCGCCAUGAAGGUUCUGAUGUUCACUGAUAAAGAGAACUGGGAGAUUUCCAAACUGUUGGCAUCCAUUUUACACAUGGGCAAUCUGCGCUAUGAAGCACGAACAUAUGACAACUUGGAUGCCUGUGAGGUCGUACGCAGCCCGCAUCUUUCUACCACGUCAACGCUGCUAGAGGUGGACGGCAAAGACUUGAUGAACUGUCUAACGAGCAGAACGUUGAUCACAAGAGGAGAAACCGUUUCCACGCCACUCAGCAUGGAACAAGCGCUUGACGUCCGCGACGCCUUCGUCAAGGGUAUUUACGGCCGUCUGUUCGUUUGGAUCGUCGAGAAGAUCAAUGCUGCCAUCUACAAGCCUACAUCCUCACACAGCAAAGUUGUCAGACGCUCAAUAGGACUGCUGGACAUCUUUGGCUUUGAGAACUUCACAGUCAACAGUUUUGAGCAAUUGUGCAUCAAUUUCGCAAACGAGAACCUGCAGCAGUUCUUUGUGCGUCACGUGUUCAAACUUGAGCAAGAGGAGUACAACCUAGAGAACAUCAACUGGCAGCACAUUGAGUUCACCGACAACCAAGACGCCCUCGAUAUGAUUGCCAUCAAGCCCAUGAACAUCAUCUCGCUCAUCGACGAGGAGAGUCGAUUCCCCAAGGGCACAGACAGCACCAUGCUGAACAAACUCAACUUCCAACACAAAGUGAACAGCAACUACAUUCCGCCCAAGAACAACCACGAGACUCAGUUCGGCAUCCAACACUUUGCCGGGGUAGUCUACUAUGAAACAAGAGGCUUCCUGGAGAAGAAUCGGGACACGUUAUAUGGCGACAUCAUCCAGCUGGUUCACUCCUCCAAGAACAAGUUUGUCAAGCAGAUUUUCCAGGCUGAUGUUGCUAUGUUUCUGUGUGGUUUUGCUCCUAUUCUACAUCUUCCAUCCAGUCCUCUCCCAAAGGGGGCAGAGACCAGGAAGCGUUCUCCCACUCUCAGCAGUCAGUUCAAAAAAUCUCUGGAGUUGCUCAUGAGAACGUUGAGCGUCUGUCAACCUUUUUUUGUACGCUGCAUCAAACCCAAUGAGUACAAGAAACCCAUGCUGUUUGACCGGGAUCUGUGCGUGCGCCAGCUGAGGUACUCUGGAAUGAUGGAGACCAUUCGCAUCCGUCGCGCAGGCUAUCCUAUCCGUUACACCUUUGUGGAGUUUGUGGACCGCUACCGUGUGCUCAUGCCUGGAGUCAAACCCGCCUACAAGCAGGAGGAUCUCAGAGGAACCUGUCAGAGAAUCGCUGAAGCCGUGCUGGGCCGAGACGACGACUGGCAGAUGGGAAAAACCAAAAUUUUCCUCAAGGAUCAUCACGACAUGCUGCUGGAGAUUGAGAGGGACAAAGCCAUCACGGACAAGGUCAUCCUUAUCCAGAAAGUAGUGCGAGGUUUCAAGGACAGAUCAACCUUCCUGAGGAUGAGGAAGUCGGCCAUGCUGAUUCAGAAGACAUGGCGAGGAUAUCAAUGCAGGAAGAACUAUGGCGCUAUGCGGGCGGGCUUCUCUCGCCUCCAGGCUAUAGUGCGCUCCAGGAAGUUGUGCGCGUCCUACCACGUGGCUCGGCAGCGCAUAAGCGGUUUCCAGGGUCGGUGCCGAGGCUUCCUAGUGCGCCGCGCCUUCAGACAUCGACUGUGGGCCUUGAUCACUAUCCAGGCGUACACCAGGGGAAUGAUUGCUCGCAGGCUUUACCGCAGGCUCAGAGGCGAGUACCGAAGGAGACUGGAGGCUGAGAAAAUGCGUCUGGCCGAGGAAACCAAGCUGAGGAACCAAAUGUCGGCCAAAAGAGCCAAGGCUGAAGCGGAACGCAAACAUCAAGAACGUCUGGUGCAGUUGGCCAAAGAAGAUGCUGAACGUGAAAAAAAGGAAAAGGAGGAAGCGAGAAGGAAGAAAGAGCUGGUAGAGCAAACGGAGAGGGCUCGUUUGGAGCCCGUCAACGACUCAGAUAUGGUGGACAAGAUGUUCGGCUUUCUGGGGACCACCAGCUCUUUUCCUGGCCAGGAGGGGCAAGCCCCAGCCGGCUUUGAGGAUUUGGAGCGGACCCACCGUGAGCUUGAGGAGGAAGACCUGGACGAGGCUCUUCCUCUGCCAGAGGAUGACGAGGAGGAGGAUCUAUCGGAGUACAAGUUUGCCAAAUUUGCCGCCACCUACUUCCAGGGAACAACAACGCACACAUACGUGCGCCGACCACUCAAGCAGCCACUGCUUUUCCAUGAGGAUGAAGGAGACCAGCUGGCGGCUCUGGCUGUGUGGAUUACUGUGUUGCGGUUCAUGGGAGAUCUACCUGAACCAAAGUACCACACGGCCAUCAGCGAUGGGAGUGAGAAGAUUCCGGUCAUGACCAAAAUCUAUGAGACACUUGGGAAGAAGACAUACAAGCGGGAGCUUCAAGCCCUCCAGGGGGAGGCAGAGACUCCUCAACCUGAGAGUAAUCGCAAGAACAGCAUUCGACACAAGCUGGUGUCUCUCACCCUGAAGAAGAAAUCCAAGAUCACAGAAGAGGUCACAAAGCGUCUUAACGAUGGUGAACACGGUCUCCAUGGCAACAGCAUGUUGGAAGACCGGCCAACAUCAAACUUGGAAAAACUUCACUUUAUCAUUGGUAAUGGCAUCCUGAGGCCAGCGCUGAGGGAUGAGAUCUACUGUCAAAUCUGCAAACAGCUGAGUCAGAACCCAUCCAAGAGCUCACACGCUCGAGGUUGGAUCCUCAUCAGUUUGUGUGUGGGCUGCUUUGCGCCGUCAGACAAGUUCCUAAAGUACCUAAGGAACUUUAUUAGCAGUGGGCCACCAGGUUACGCGCCAUACUGCGAAGAACGACUCCGAAGAACAUUCGUUAAUGGCACUAGAACACAACCUCCAUCGUGGCUGGAGCUCCAGGCAACCAAAUCCAAGAAACCCAUCAUGCUGCCUGUGACAUUUAUGGAUGGGACCACUAAAACAUUGCUGACAGACUCGGCGACCACCGCCAAGGAGCUCUGCAACACACUGGCCGACAAGAUCAGCCUACAAGACCGAUUCGGGUUCUCGCUCUACAUCGCACUCUUUGACAAGGUGUCAUCUUUGGGCAGCGGAAACGACCACGUGAUGGAUGCUGUGUCACAGUGCGAGCAGUACGCCAAGGAGCAGGGAGCCCAGGAAAGGAACGCACCCUGGCGACUGUUUUUCAGGAAGGAAAUCUUCACUCCAUGGCACUGCGCUACGGAUGACACAGUCGCCACCAACCUUAUCUACCAGCAAACUGUCCGGGGCGUCAAGUUUGGAGAGUACCGAUGUGAGCGGGAUGACCUAGCAGAACUAGCAUCUCAGCAAUACUACGUAGACUAUGGAGCAGAAGUCCUGCUGGAACGCCUGCUGAGCCUCAUCCCAUCCUACAUCCCUGACAGAGAGAUCAACUCCUCCAGGACGGUGGAGAAGUGGGCUCAUUUCAUCAUGGCUGCCCACAAAAAGGGCAUCUAUGCCCAGAAGAGGUUUGACCCCCAGAAGGUUAAAGAGGAAGUGGUAGACUUUGCUCGCCACAAGUGGCCUUUGCUCUUCUCUCGAUUCUAUGAAGCCUUCAAGCUGUCCGGUCCAAGUCUGCCUAAAAAUGACCUCAUUGUCGCCGUCAACUGGACCGGCGUUUACUUUGUGGACGAGCAGGAGCAGGUCCUGCUAGAACUCUCCUUCCCAGAAAUCACUGCAGUUUCCAGCAGCAGGGGCGGAAAGCUACAGAGUCAGAGCUUCACACUGGCGACCAUCAAAGGAGACGAGUACACUUUCACCUCCAAUAAUGCUGAGGAUAUCCGAGACCUAGUGGUGACCUUCCUGGAAGGACUGAGGAACAGGUCCAAGUUUGUUGUGGCACUGCAGGACAGUCCCAACCAGAAUGGUGAACCGUCAACAUUCCUGAGCUUCCAGAAGGGAGACCUGAUCCUGUUGGACCAGGACACAGGCGAGCAAGUUCUGAACUCAGGUUGGGCGCACGGUGUUAAUGAGAGGACCAAUCAGAGAGGAGACUUCCCGGCAGACUCUGUCUAUGUCCUUCCUAGCAUGACGCGACCGCAGCAGGAGAUUGUGGCGCUGGUUACCAUGACUCCAGAUCAAAGGCAGCAGUCAGUGAGGGUGUCACAGCUGGUCCUGCCCGACAGUGAAGACUCUGUCAAACCUUACACGCUGGAGGACUUCUCCUAUGACUACUUUAGGCCACCCCCCAAACAUACUCUGAGCAGGGUGAUGGUCACCAAGAAUCGAGGAAAGGACAAACUAUGGAGCUGCACCAGGGAGCCUCUCAAACAGCCUUUGCUCAAGAAGGUGGUUCAACAUGAAGAGCUCGCUCAGGAGGCCUGCAUGGCCUUUAUUGCUGUGAUGAAGUACAUGGGUGACUACCCAUCCAAGCGCAUUCGUUCAGUCAACGAAUUAACAGACCAGAUCUUUGAGGGUGCACUGAAGGCCGAACCCCUAAAGGAUGAGGUCUUCUGCCAAAUCAUCAAGCAGCUCACAGACAACCACGUCAAGUACAGUGAGGAGAAAGGCUGGGAGCUUCUGUGGUUGUGCACGGGUCUCUUUCCUCCCAGCAACGUGCUGCUGCCGCAUGUCCAACGCUUCCUGCAGUCCAAAAGGCAACACCCGCUCUCGGUUGACUGCGUACACAGGCUGCACAAAGCAUUACGAAACGGGUCCAGGAAAUACCCUCCCCAUCUGGUGGAAGUGGAGGCCAUCCAGCACAAGACCACGCAGAUCUUCCACAAGGUUUACUUCCCUGACGAUACGGACGAGGCAUUUGAGGUAGAGUCCAGCACCAAAGCUAGGGACUUCUGUCAGAACAUCUCCAGUAGACUGCUUCUCAAAUCCUCAGAAGGCUUCAGUCUCUUUGUUAAAAUCUCUGACAAGGUGAUCAGUGUUCCAGAAGGAGACUUUUUCUUUGACUUUGUCCGACAUUUGACAGACUGGAUCAAGAAGUCACGGCCAGUCAAAGAUGGAGUGGUUCCAUCUUUGACCUACCAGGUGUUCUUCAUGAAGAAGUUGUGGACCAGCACCGUUCCAGGAAAGGAUUCUUUCGCCGACUCCAUCUUCCAUUACUACCAAGAGCUGCCCAAAUAUCUGCGUGGCUACCACAAGUGUUCGCGGGAUGAAGUCUUCCAGCUGGCGGCUCUCAUCUAUCGAGUCAAGUUCGAGGAUGACAAGUCCCACUUUCCCACUAUUCCCAAGAUGUUGCGAGAGCUGGUCCCUCAGGAUCUCAUUCGCCAGAUGUCGCCAGAUGACUGGAAGAGGUCCGUGGUGGCGUUCUUCAACAAGCAAGCCGGUAAAUCCAGAGAAGAAGCCAAGCUGAUGUUUCUCAAAAUCAUCUACAAAUGGCCGACAUUUGGCUCCGCCUUCUUUGAAGUCAAGCAAACCACAGAGCCCAACUAUCCAGAGAUCCUGUUAAUUGCCAUCAACAAACACGGAGUCAGUCUUAUUGACCCCAAAAUAAAGGAUGUUCUGAUUACCCAUCCCUUUACCAAGAUCUCAAAUUGGAGCAGUGGGAACACAUAUUUCCACAUCACCAUCGGAAACCUUGUCAGGGGAAGUAAACUCCUCUGUGAGACCUCCCUGGGAUACAAGAUGGACGACCUGCUGACGUCGUACAUCAGCCAGAUGCUGACCGCCAUGAACAGGCAGAGGUCCGAGCGCGCUCACACCAAGUGAACGUCUUACUGGCAGGAGGCCGCCGAGCUCGCCCGCCUGCUGCGUCCCAUUGGCCAGCGCUGUACUUGGGGGCGGACCUUCAGCCACCAGCUGUGGUGGAUGAGUCGUCGACCUUCUGUCAGCUCGGACCUCUGGAGCCUCCCCGAGGAGAGUUCGAUCGGAAGCCAAAGCGACGACGACGACCCCGGCGAAGGUCCGAGCAACCACGGCAUCGUGCGUUAUCGUGACGAUGAGGACUCAAAGUCCAGUGAGGAUGAUUACCUUUGAAAAGAACAAUAACUGGGCUUUCAGGCACAAAUUCUGCUUCGUGACAAGCACGUCAUGACCGGGAAAUAUAUUUUUUGUAUUUAUUUCAAAUCCUAAGGCUUAUUCUGCCUAGUAACAAAGCGUAAGCAUGUCACAUGACCAAGACAUGCUUUGUUUUUUGGUAAAUAUUUUUGCACCUUAGUUUUUAAACACUAAUGUUAGCAUAUUUUGUUUGUUCAUGUUUAAAAUUCUAAUGACUCAAUUUUAUUUACCUCUCGAACAAAAAAAACUCACCGUGCCAAACUCUCCUUGAUUAACUUUUUUGUGUUUGUUGUUUCUGUGUGAAAUGUAACUUUAAUAUAACUUGACGUGUACAAUACCAAUGGCUGCCAGUGAUGGCGAUACACGUCCAAAAUAUUUGCACUGGACAUUUUUUGCCGUAAAUGGCAGCCAACAAGUUACAGUAGGGCUACCACGAUUACUUCGAUAGUCUGUUAAUCGCGUUAUCUCAUUUCGAUUCAUUACUGAGAAGCCAUUUGCAGCCACAGAGGAAGACAGAAAUCAUAGACUAUUUACUGUUAAAAAAAAAAAAGAGUAAAAUAUAAAAAUUCAUGAAAAUUAAAACAUUUUUGGUAUUUUUAUUUUCCUUUUUAGAUUAAAAAAAAAAAAGGUAUUAACAUAUAAGAAAAUUUUGGACAGCUAAGAAGCUUAAGAGAAUUUGGACAAUUUUGAGGUCAACAACAUCUACAAACGAUUAAUCGUCCAUCAAAAUAGCCAUUGAUUACUGUAUUUUUCAGACUAUAAGUCACAGUUGUUGUUUUUUUUGUUUGUCUGGGAGUGUGACUUACGUGUGAAAAUAUUAACAUGUUAUUGCAUCAUUUCACAUGUUAUUUUCACAGUAAACCACAAGAGGGCACUCAAAGGCCUGGGAUUCAACAUUGACGGUAACUUAAAUAAAAACAACUGAGACGGGCUGAACAAAAUGGCACUGAAAAGAAAAUCAUAUUCUGCAGAUUACAAGCUGCAAUUAGUGAAAUAUGUACUGUAUGUCAUGUUUGCAUACCGUACACUUAUUAAGCGUGUUGUUUUCUAUAUCUAUUUUAAAUUGCCUUUCAAGAUGAUGUGUCUGUUAUUGGUGCUGGAUUUUAUCAAAUAAAUUUUCCCCAAAAAUGUGACUUAUACUCUACUGCAAUUUAUAGUCUGAAAAAUACAGUUAUAAAAAAAAUAGAGUUAUAUGAACGGUAAGUUGUGAUUUAGUCUAAUAAUCGUGACAGCGCAAGUGUAAAGUAGGUCAUUUAUAUUUAUGAGUUACAUUGGUGAGUUUUAUACUAGUUCAAUAAUUACAUUGCAGUGUUUUUCUCCAGUAAACAAUGUCAGUCAAAUAAACAAACCUCAAACUCAACUUCACAUUGCUUGUAUUUUUACUAAUCAAUAGAAAGUGACAUUGUGAGAACAUUUUAACUUAACGCAUAGACUCCAUAAUGUAUUGACGGGACACGUGGCGCGGGGCCGAUAAAUAGGGGGCUUGUAUUGAGUGGAAUCAGAGACAAAGAGCUUUUUUCGUUCUUGUGAAUAAAUGCUUAAAUCCUCGAAUUCUUUAUAGAUAUGGACCUAAAUUCUUGGUUAAAAGCAAAAAAACAAAACAAAAAACGUGCAGUUAGCAUUGUUAUUACGUAAAUUUGUAGAAGUACAAAGCUCGAAGUACAAUGUUAGUCUAUUAGUGAAUGUAGCUAGCGGCCGCCUGAUGUUAACAGAGCCUUUCCGGUGAAAGUUCAUGUGAAUAAAUGCUUAAAUCCCCCAAUUCUUUAUCGAUAUGGACGUAAAACAAUCUCGAUUCUUGGUUAAAAAAAAAAAUAAAAAACGUGCAAUUAGCAUUUAUACUACAUAAAUAUGUCGGAAUACAGUGCUAGUCUGUUAAUGUAUGUAGCAAGCUGCCGCCUGAUGUAAACAAAGCUUUUCCAGUGAAAAUUAUUUUGAAUAAAUGCUUAAAUCCGCGAAUUCUUUAUAGAUAUGGACGUAAAACAAUCUAGAUUAUUUGUUGAAAACAAAAACAAAAAACGUAGAGUUAGCAUUUAUUUUACGUAAAUAUGUUGAAGUUAGUGAAUGUAGCUAGCGGCCGCCUGAUGUUAACAGAGCCUUUCCGGUGAAAGUUCUUUUGAAUAAAUGCUUAAAUCCCCCAAUUCUUUAUCAAUAUGGACGUAAAACAUUCUCGAUUCUUGGUUAAAAACAAAAAAACGUGCAAUUAGCAUUUAUACUACAUAAAUAUGUCGAAGUACAAUGCUAGUCUGUUAAUGAAUGUAGCUAGCUGCCGCCUGACGUAAACAAAGCUUUUCUGGUGAAAAUUCUUGUGAAUAAAUUCAUAAAUCCGCGAAUUCUUUAUAGAUAUGGACGUAAAACAAUCUAGAGUAUUAUUUGAAAGCAAAAAAAAAAAAAAAAAAACGUACAGUUAAAAUUCUUGUGAAUAAAUGCAUAAAUCCCCAAAUUCUUUAUAGAUAUGGACGUAAAGCAGUCUCAAUUCUUGGGUAAAAGCACGAAAAAAAUUUGCAGUUAACUUUUAUUUUAUGUAAAUAUUGCGAACUAUGGCGACAUUUUUUUUUCACGUUUCAAAAUGCAUGCGUGGUACAAAAAAAUACAAUAAUUACCUUGAAUCCUCGAACAAAUCACUCCUGAGACAAUCCUUUCUUUUUGUAUGCAGUACAGCUUUCGUAAUUUUUCAACAAAAAUCCGGCGCUAGAUCGCUGCAUGCAUGUUUGUGAAUAGCUCCUCUUGAUGUGGGUGGCCCCCUACUUGCAUGCGAGGCGCAGAGCAUGACCGAUCUGACCCGUCAAUACAUUAUGAAGUCUAUGCUUAACGAUCCACUUUUAGACCACAGAAAUUAAAGUGCACACAGCCCCCCCCCCCCCCCCCAAAAAAGCUUAUAACUCAAUCUUUAAAAUGAUUUAAACACAAUCAUUUCCCUAUUUUGCGACGUUCAACAUGCAGAGUAGCACACAUGGAGAAAUAUAUAAAAAAAGAGAAAAUCACAAAAUAUAUUCUGAGAAACUCAGUAAAGCAGAAAAGGACUUUGGCUAAACUAAUUUGGCACAAAAAUCAUCAACAUCUCCUAUGUGACAAAUACAUUCAUUUUGCAGAGCAAUAGAAUCUAAUAGCAAGCAACCUUGUAGAGCCUCUUGCCGUACAUUCACUCUGUCAGUCCAGCUAGCAGCCGCAAUUUAAUCACACACUAAAAGAAUACAUUUUCUUAUGCAGCUGCUUGCUGUACACAUAACAAAAAAAUAUUUUCCAAGAUGAAGAAAAGUCUACUUUUAAAAAAAUAUUCAAUUGAGAGUCCAUCAGGUCCAGUCACUUAUUUAUAAAAAAAAUAUUCAAUUGUGAGUCCAUCAGGUCCAGUAACUUUUUGGAAAAUUGUAAUUCUGCUUUUCCACGAUAAAGUUCGCUUAAAAUUUCAAGUUUCUCUAACUUACAUACUGUAUACUAUAUAUUUACAGUGUACAGUGUAUCACAAAAGUGAGUACACCCCUCACAUUUCUGCAGAUAUUUAAGUAUAUCUUUUCAUGGGACACACUGACAAAAUGACACUUUGACACAAUGAAAAGUAGUCUGUGUGCAGCUUAUAUAAUAGAGUUAAUUUAUUUUCCCCUCAAAAUAACUCAAAAUAUAGCCAUUAAUAUCUAAACCCCUGGCAAGAAAAGUGAGUACACCCCUUUGAAAAAAAACGUACAUUCCUGAAUGUCCAAAUUGAGUACUGCUUGUCAUUUUCCCUCCAGAAUGCCAUGUGACUCGUUACAUGAGUGCUGUCAGCAUUGCUGCAGAGAUUGAAGAGGUGGGGGGGUCAGCCGGUUAGUGCUCAGACCAUAUACCGCACUCUACAUCAAAUUGGUGCGCAUGGCUGUCAGAAGAGGCUUCCUCCUGGGGUGUACUCACUUUUGUUGCCAGGGGUUUAGAUAUUAACUCAUUCACUCCCAGCCAUUUUCACCAGAGCAAGGCCCUUGGCUCCCGGCCGUUUUUCUGGAUUUUGACUGAUUUUGCAAGGCCCACAGAAAAUUCCGUUCUAUUGCUAUAUAAACAUGGAACCCACCAAAAGAAAGAUUAGAGUCUCUUCUUUCAGCAGAAAAAAGUAAGUACAGUGGUACCUUUACAUACGAAGUUAAUCCGUUCCAGGACCUUGUUUGUAAGUCGAAAUGGUCGUAUGUCGAGCAGGAUUUUCCCAUAGGAAUACAUUAUAAUUCCAUUAAUUCGUUCCACAGCCCAAAAACCUUCACUAAAUCCUUAAAAAAUACUGCUGGUACUAUUACAAAUGGCAAUUACACAUAGCAAAACAAAUAAAUUAUAAAUCAAAAUCGGAAUAAUAAUAAUUCCUGUAUUAAUGUAACGAAUCGGGUUCUAAUGUGGCGGACGUUUUUUGCUGACCCUGAACGCACCGCGGGGCUGACGUGCCAGAGACAGACCGGUGAGCUUGAGUUUCACUUUCACUUUGAAUGUUUUCUUGAGAACACCGUCAAUUGCGGCAGACAGAAGGUGUUUUUGUUUUGAAUAAGUUGUGAAAUAAAUGAUAAAAACGUGGCGAAGUUGGCGAUUUCUCUGGAGAUGUUACUACAAUAAGAAUUGUCAGCUUAACUUAUAAAGACUGGCGAACGAUGGUCGGAGGAGGACCGUGGAGAUGUAUUGUUGACCCAUUUCACGGAUGCCCACCCUACGCUCAUAUUUUUCUGUCAUUUGCAUCUUCAUUUAGAAGGUAAGCGUCAACUUUUCCUUGUUUCACCACCUGUACCAACCUUUUCUGAAACCAGUGUUGAUUUGUCACACAAGAAAAUCCGCCGUGCAUUCGUCUGCGGUGCUGCCAUUGUCGUCGUAUUUCGAGCAUGUCGUCGGAUGUAGAAACAAAUGGCGAGUCAAAUUUUACGUCGGAUGUCGAAAAGUUCGUGUGUCGAAGCGAUCGUAUGUAGAGGUACCACUGUAUAUAUCUUUUUCCAUUCUUUAGAAAUCAGCAUUAGGAAAUAGCUUAGUUUGAGCAAUUUUCCAAUUUCUGAUGAAAAAACGGAGAAGAUGAACUUUUUGUAAACGCAUACAUUUCAAACAUAACUUUGACUUUAUCCAAGCUAUUUUUUGCAUUAGUUACAUCCCAAACAUCUGAAUAAUGUUUCCUUUUACAAAAUACUAUGAACAACCAGACAAAUACAGUUGUUGAUAGCAAAGUAACAAUUUAUUCACACAUGACUACUGAGAGAUGACGGUUUGUCGCCGAGAUGACGCCAUUGUCGCCAUGUCAGCCGUGUAAACUUUUCCCUCAUCGUUGUCUGGCCCCCAAGUAUUUUUGCGUUUCUGCGGGAUUUGUUCGGCGAGCCGCUGCACUGGGGGUCCCACUUGUUUUGCUUGGUCGUCCAGCGCCUGGCCUCCCAGGAGUCCACUCGGUUGUUUUGUUCAGUCGGAGCGCCGCCUGGCAUCAUGCUGCCAGCGCUCUGACCGUGCUGCUCAUUGCUGUUGAAUCGGGUUGCCUGGUCUUACAAAAUGUGCUACCGCCCUCCAGUGGCCAGUUUUAUUGCUUUAAAAUGGGUUUGGAGCUUUGUUCUUUGUUUCUCAGAUAGAGCGGAAAAACAAAACAACUCUUGUGUUUGAUAGAACAAUAUGUCUAUAUGCUACCAUAGCAGAUUCAUGGCGCAUUAGGCCCCUGAACUAUUUUUAAUUUGCCCGUUUUACCCUGAAAACCCCCGUUUACAGACGUCGCACAACCGCUUUUGUUUCAACACAGCCAUAAAACGAAGGUAAUUAAAUAUAUUUAUUAUUCAAAAUGUCUGUUAUUUUAGUGUAGAUUCAUUAAUUGAUGUCUAAUAUUUCGUUUAAAAAAAAAUGACUUAAAAAAAUUAUUCACUCGCAUAUUUUAAACUUUUAAACAAAUUACGUCACAAUGAAAAAAAUGGCGUCUGUAAAAAAAGUCACGGAUAUUUACCUGAUAACUAUCACUUAAUUGUAUUUUUUUUUUGUUUCUGUCGCAUUUUUUCCCGAUAUGUUCGAUGAUAAAUAAUUGAUCCAAACAUUUAAAAAAAUUGGAAAACAAAAACGUUUAAAAGGGUAUGAAAAAGAACCUCUCGACCUCUCUUUGACGUCUGCGAUUUCUGCAUCGCGACCCUUGUUAUAUUACCAUGUUUCACCCAAAAAAUUCCCCCAAAAUUCAGCUGUGGCAAUUCACAGCUCUGUCUUGACACUCAGUGAUACAUGCUACAUGGAGUUUUUGGAUCGAAACAAGGUCAGUACGCGAUAAUAUCUUGUUAAACUCAUGGCGUCUGUAAUUCUGCUCUCGCAUGCUCUCAUCUCCAGAUAGGAUUUUGCUGUUUAAACUUUUUUUUUUUUUAAAUGCCCUCCUGUUCAAAAUUUUUCUUCCCCCAGAAAAUUGAGAUUUUAAGCUUUCCAAUGAUGUAUCACACGUGCAUAUCGGACAAUUUUGAAAGUUGGCUAGAUUGGGGGUCUCAGAGCGGAACUUCAAGACACCUGAGUGUUUUCCGCCAUAUGCUUCUUAUAAAAAAAAAAAAUUUUUAAACGCAAAAGACGUAUAAAUACAUUUUUGGGACAAUGAAGCAUUUAAAAACAACGUAUUUAUACGUUUCUGGGAGCAAAUGAGUUAAUGGCUAUAUUUUGAGGGAAAAUAAAUGAACUCUAUUAUAUAAGCUGCACACAGACUACUUCAUUGUGUCAAAGUGUCAUUUUGUCAGUGUUGUCCCAUGAAAUUAUAUACUUAAAUAU